UUACAAGUAGCCGUGCAAAAGCCGUAGAUUCGUUGUUGAGUUUGUGCUCGAUUUUAGCUGGUCUUAUUAUAUGUUUGUAACAUUCAUUCAUCUGUGAUUAAAGACCAAGAUCAAUAAAGUUAACAAAAUAUAGAUAGGAUAUGGAGUAGUGUUGUGCUUUACAUAUUCCCAUCAUUUUCAUUUAGAUUUUGUGAUGGCGACGUGUGGAAUACAAGUUGGUAAUCCGACCAUAUUAAAUAAAAUUGAAAGUUUUCUCAAUGAUUCUUCAUACCGUGAAGCAAUUGAGAAUUCUGCCAAUUAUAACACACGAUUAUGUAUUGAGAGGAGGCUCCGAAUGCCAUUUUUGGAUUCUCAGACAGGUGUAGCACAGAAUCACUCCAACUUGUUCAUGAGCCCACGUCAGCGUAUCCCAGGUCUAAUAGAAGGUCAGAUUUAUACAUAUCCAUCAAAGCGAUGGCGCAAAAAGCGCCGCCAGUAUCUUAUGAACUUCAUGCAACCACGGCGCAAGGAAUUAGACCCAGAGAGUGACCUUCAUACAAUCAGCACAGUUGAAAAUCCUGCAGCCAGUAAUGAAGAUAGCAAGGACAGUGUAGGACUGAAAGAUGAGGCUGCUAAGGAUGCCUGGUAUUAUGAUGAACUAGAUAUGCAGGAAAUGGAAGGAUUUGAUGAUCCUGAUCCAGAUUCUGAUUAUGAUUAUGAGGAAUCUUAUAGUAAGCGAAAGGGAAAGAAACGUACAUCAAAAGUAGCCAGAAAUACUGAUUCUCCUGCUACUAAGAAGCCCAAGUGUGAUGGUGGACACAAAAUGUGCUUACAGGGACCUGGACGAGGACGAAAGAAAACCAAUUAUGAUGCACUGACUGAUGCAGAAAAACCAUUCUCCUGUGAACUGUGUGGAGCUCGCUACAAGACUCGCCCGGGCCUCACGUACCACUACACUCAUUCACACAAGGACCGUGAUGACGAGGAUUGUAGCAGCAGUGGCAUGGGAGGCCCUGAGGGGGGUUCGAUGGGGUCAGUAGACCGUGGGGCCUCCCCCAGCGUGAAGCAGCAGCAACAACAACAGCUUCUGCAGCAGGCACAAGUGGUGGCAUCCCAGGCACAGGCCACCACAGAUCCAGGAGCAGCGGCAGGUUGGAGCAAGUUCCAGGACAGUUACCUCACCUUCCUAAAAACCCCCGGUAGCAGCACUCGUCGUGGACGGCAAGGCUCCUCUGCAUCGCAGCAUGCUACAGCUUCCGUGCCAGUACCUCCCGUGGUUGUAGCCCAAAGUUCAGAAGAUACAACUCCAACCAGUGUCACUACACCUGGCCUGGAAAAGAAACCUGAGGUCUUGCUCCCUAUGCCUGGCAGUGAGGAAAAGGAACGGGCAGCCCCUUCACCAUACUGUGAUUUCUGUCUUGGUGAUUCCCAAGAAAAUAAGAAGACGGGGCAAUCUGAGGAACUGGUGUCAUGCUCGGAUUGUGGACGCUCAGGCCACCCAUCUUGUCUGCAGUUUACACCCAACAUGAUCAUUUCGGUACGUAAGUACCGGUGGCAGUGCAUCGAGUGCAAGUGUUGCUCCAUCUGUGGCACUUCAGAUAAUGAUGAUCAGUUGCUCUUCUGUGAUGACUGUGAUCGUGGCUACCAUAUGUAUUGCUUGUCUCCACCACUUUCUUCACCUCCAGAGGGUUCCUGGAGCUGCAGACUUUGUCUUGUGGAAUUCCACAAGAAUUUUCAGAGGAUAAGGGGCAGUUGUCAUUUAUGCAGUUGUAGGAGAAGAUACCAGUCUUGGUACAUGAAUGGAAUUCCUUUUCUCUUGUUGGUUUCUGAUGGUUAUUUGGAAGUGUAGUGUCCUUAUCUGCAUAGCUAUGCUGUUGCUUAUAAGGACUGUGCAAGCAAAUGCCAUGUCACAUAUCACCUACCUCCUUGUUAUUACAGCUCUUAUUUUAUUUUAAGUGUGAAAUGUAGUGUGACCACAUGGUGAUUGUAUUUUGUAGCUUUGCAGGUGCCUGUCAACUUGUAGUGUUCUGAACUAAUAAACAGUGUUAACAUGCAAAAGGUGGUUAGGGCAUCAUUUUAAAAUUUACAAUUUUUUCACCACAGGGUGUCAUUAUAUUUCCCUUUCUUUUCUUUGAAGUCAGAGCAGUAUGAUUUCUGACAGAAACUGAGGUAUAAUUAAGUUGCACUGUACUCCUUUAUCAAUAUUUCAGGUACACAGUACCAAUUCACAUGUGGCAAUGUAACAUUGUGGUUAAUUAUAUAUCAGUGUAAGUAUCAGUGCCAUCAUCUUACAUAAUUUUGAGAGAAUUCUUUGUUAAAUUAUAUGGGUUUGGAAAGAGUUAAUCCUAUGGAGUCAAAAAUAAAUAAAAAAAAAAAACUAAACGAAA